AUGACCGGGGGAGAUGGUCAAGGCUGUCCACCCUGGCGAACGAGUCGCGACUCAGGAUCUGAUCCAAGGGUGACUGACUGGGUCGCUGAGAAAAGAGAGACGUCAAAUCAGGGCUUGCUAUUAGCCCUUUUCUGCGUGCUUAAUUUGAUCAUCUUGAAUUUUAGUACCCACUCAGAGGACUUGAAAGAGAGAAGAGGAGGAAGUCCGAGAAAAGAGCAACAGCGAAGUAGAGGAAAAAAGAGGGGGGUAAAGACAAGGCCCAGAAUCACGGCGGGAGGUGGUUCCAUCCACUUCAUCCAUCAUUUCAUCCACUCAACUCGCCUCUCUUCCCUUUUCCCUCGUUUCCCCCUCUUCCCUUUUCUUUCCUUUCCCUUUUCUCUCUCCUCUCCUCUUCCUUUCUUCUACUUUACUUUUCCCUUUCCCCAUUCCUCCCUGGGGGACUCCGAUUUAUUUCCUGCACCAUUCCUUUUUGAUCCUUUUUUCAUUCUUCCAGUCCCAGAUCUGUGUAUCCUGGAUUCUUUCCUUCAUACUUUUAUUCUUUCCCACCCUUUAUUUACUCUAUUCACAUCUCGCCCGUGGCGCGUCCUGGUUGUCCGCCCCGAUCUUCCCUGUACCAUUAUCGGUGGUGCUACCGUGUUGCUGCAGUAUCUCUUCGCCCCCUUGAGUCUAGCAGCCCACCUUCCAUUUCCCGAGCACCACCACUCAUUCCACCCGUCUUAUUUAUUAUUUUUCUCUGCUGUGCAAGGGAAAAGCAAAAAACAGAAAUAA